GGGAAAAUUCCGCUUUCGUUUAAUUUUAUUGUCGAUUAUAUAUCACCCGUUGCUUUACCAUGGGCCAAGGGACAUAAUUCUAACGUAAUGGCAACCAACCAUGUGCAGACGACCAAGAUUAAAGAACGCCUAAAACAAUGGAUUAUUGAUUGCCCCUAAAAGUUGAAAACCAGAGUACUGCAUUACUGCGAUGUAUUGGAUCUCAGUGAUCCUGUUCCUCUUUUGUUCGAAACAUGUGCAAGGCAGACCUUCUUUGAAUAUUUCAAGUUCUGGAACUUUUACUGCAUUGAACAAUUCCUUUGCAAUAACAUGCAUUGUCACACAGGCCGCUGGUCUUGAUGAUUGGGUCAGAUUUUUUAAAAAUGGACCUGCGCCUGUCAGUUCUUUUACUAGUCUUUACCAGAUUGGUGCUUCCUGUUCCAUUUUCAAUGAUCCACCAGUCGGAACCAGCGUGUCCUGUGGAAGUGGAACAAGCAGCAGCUCGUCCACCAUCAAGAAGUACACUCUGACAUUCAACAGUGUUGAUGAACAUGAUGCUGGAGAAUGGUGGUGUGGACUCAGACUGGCUGAAACAACCAGCCCUACUGUUAGACUUGUCAUUUCAAGUGCAGCAAUUACAACCAUUGAUUGCAUAAAUAGUGGAAAUCCUGGACAAAGCACAAACCUGACCUGCAAUAUGAUUGGAAAUAUACGUAAUGGAAUCCAAUGGUACAGACCUAACGGUGGAACACCACAACUUGUGGUAGAAUGUAACAUACAUAACAUACAGUGUGAUACUGUUAAACGUGUAACUGGCUACACUGGUGCUAUUGACUCGCCUUCAGUGAAUACUCUUGUAAUAGAAUCUUUCGUCACAUCGGUGGAUGCUGGUGAAUGGAUUUGUCAAGAUGGAUUUUCAGGAGUUGGUAAAUCAACAUGCAACAAGACGCUCAUUUCUCCCAUAAUCAAUAUCAGCAUUGAAAUACCUGGAUCAAUGUCAGAUUCGGUUAUCAUCACAGAAGGAAAUUCAACAGUUUUCACAUGUGUCAUACGAGGCGCGGAAUCAGCUCCUAGUGUCUCGCUGGUCACGUGGUACAAAGAGGUAUCACCAGGUGAAAACGAGUCACUGCCAGGAAUUCCAGGAAGCCCGACCACCAUAGACAGAACCACAUCAGUAAAUCUGACAUACACGGCUCGCAGACAAGACCAGGGCCAGAAGGUUUUCUGUGCUGCAACAAAUAGCUUGAUGGUAAACCGGAGUGCCCCUGCUGUUAUCUCAACUAACAAGAUACAACUGAUCAUUCAGAGUGGAGCAGUGCUUGGAAUAAAGUCAUGUAUUUCAAACUGGUUUGACGGAAUGCCACUGAAUUUGACUUGUGUUGUCAACAAUGGAAUAGUUAACUCAUACAUCGCGAUAAAAAAAGAAAACCGUUUGGUGGCCGUGUGCAAUUCUACUUUCGGUGACUGUAUAUCAUUUGAUGCACACUAUGGUGUUAUAGGAAUUCCUUCAGAAUCAAUGACAUUGCUAAUUUUUCAUUUUGAGAAGGAAAGAGAUGAUACAACAUGGAAAUGCACUGAUGUCGGCCUAUCACUAUUGACACCGACUUGUAGCAUUGCUUCAUCUGCUCCGUAUGGUGUAAAAUAUGAAGAUCUCACUAAAUUAACAACAGUUACUCUGCCAUUCAGUGUUUCAGUGACUGGAAAAUGUACUUACUCCCUACCAAACUGUACUUGGACAUACCAGAUACAGAGCGAGUCUUUAGAAAGAGUACCAGAUGGUCUAACAGCCAUAACCAACAGUAGUGAAUCUUGUAAUUCAGGAGAUCAACAAGCAACUUGCACCUUGAAGUUUGACUAUGAAUCUGUGCCAGCAGGGUUUGCUGGGGAAAAUGUGACUCUACGUGUGUCGAUUACCCACGCAUCAUUGAUUACUAACUUCACUCCAAUAGAAAUCGUCAACUCAGGAGUGAUUUUCCCAGUUUCAGGUACAGAAGAGCACAAGGCUGCCUUAAGUGGCGGUGUUAUACCAGGAAUUGUUCUCGCUAUCUCACUGGCUAUUGCUAUACCCAUGGCUUGGGUAUUUUACAAGGGGAAAAUACAAAAGAAAGAAAGCGAAGAGAGACAGAACGAUAGCACAACUAAUGACAGCGAAAAUCAAGCUGACAAUCUGGGCUUCAUCGUAACAAGUGACAGUGUUUAUAGUUCAUUUGACAGUAUAUAUUAAACAAGAUUAAGAUGAAACAAGAUUAAGAUGAAACAAGCUUAAGAUGCUUUACAUUUUUUGUUGUUAUAAAUAUAUAUUUUGUUCGUUUCUUGAAAUAAAAUUGUAGCUAAAUUUAGACUAAAGUUACAGUGUCAUAGCAUUUCACUAAUUUUACAUUUAGUUGUUAAACAUAAUUAUAGUUCGUUUGCAUCAAAUGGUAAUACAUGAAUUGGAAUUAAACUGUAUAAUGAAUAGUGUUAAAACUCAUAUAAAGUAAUUCUAACCACAUAGCAAAACAAAACAAAAUACUACUACUACUACUACUACUACUAGUACUACUACUACUACUACUACUACUACUACUACUACUACUACUACUAC